AUGAUUCCUGUUUGGCCUUGGGUGGCUUUUCUGAAUAAUCCUGUACGAUUUUGGAUUUAUUAUGGUUUUGUUAUUGGUGGCUUUGUAUUCGCUCUCAUUACAUUAAUAACACAGUUGAUUAAACCUGCUCCUUAUGGACGUUUCGGCAAUAACGAUAAUAAUCCCAACAAUUGGGGACCCGUUAUUCCACAACGAUUAGGCCAUACCAUAUCCGAUGCUUUACCAUGUGUAGUUGAAUUUCUACUGGUGUAUUUUCUGUACGGAAGAAACCAAUACCAUUAUACCAAUCUUGUCUUCAUGAUAUUAUGGCAAUUACAUUACAUUCAUAGAGGCCUAAUACACCCAUGGAUAAUGCGUUAUAGCUCCAAAACUACCCCGUUAGGCGACCCUAGAUUUAUUAUUGGUAUCCUACUAUUUAUCAUUGGAUUUAUUAUAAAUCGUUAUGCUGAUCUUAAGCUAAGAAAUUUACGUCGAGAAAAUCAAGGAUACGUUAUUCCUAGUGGAGGAUUAUUUAAUUACAUAUCGUGCCCAAAUUAUUUUGGAGAAAUGAUUGAAUGGAUGGGCUGGGCCGUCGGGACAUUUUCAUUAGGAGGUUUAGCUUGGUUCUGUUUCUGCUGUGCAACAUUCAUCCCUAGAGCGAGACAUAAUCACCGAUGGUACAAAGAACGAUUUGCUGAUUAUCCAUCCCAAAGGAAAGCCUUAAUUCCUUUCAUAUAUUAG